CUCCCGGCGGGCCACAAACAAGUAUGGCGGCUCACAGUGUUUUCCGACCGGGCUUGUUCAAGCAUAAAGUUGCAAUUGUGACUGGUGGAGCGACUGGCAUUGGGAAAGCAAUCUCUGCUGAGCUUGUGGAGUUGGGUUGCAGUGUGGUGAUUUCCAGUCGAAAGGCAGAGAGACUGGAAGCGGCUGCUCUGGAGAUGAGAGAAAAAAUCCCUGCAUCCAGCCCUGCACGUGUCACUCCAGUUCAGUGCAACAUCCGCAAUGAGAAUGAGGUGAAGGCUCUUGUAUCUUCAGUGCUGAAGCAGUAUGGUCGGAUAGACUUUCUGGUGAACAAUGGCGGUGGUCAGUUCACCAGUCCGGUAGAGCACAUGUCCUCUAAAGGAUGGAAAGCUGUGAUAGACACAAACUUGACUGGAACCUUCCACUGCUGCAAGGAAGUCUACACAGCAUGGAUGAAACAGCAUGGAGGUGUGAUCAUCAACAUCAUUGCAGAUAUGUGGAAAGGCUUUCCAGGCAUGGCCCACACAGGCGCAGCCAGGGCAGCGGUGGAUAACUUAACAAAGAGCCUGGCCGUGGAGUGGGCGGCAUCAGGAGUCCGAGUCAAUGCUGUUGCCCCUGGGACCAUUUUUUCUAAAACUGCAAUGGAGAACUAUAAGGAAUUUGGACCAACCCUUUUUAAGAUGUCUGUUCCAUUUAGUCCUGCAAAGAGACUGGGAGUACCAGAAGAGAUCUCCUCAGCAGUUUGUUUCCUUCUCUCUCCUGCUGCCUCCUACAUCUCUGGAGCCACACUGAGAGUCGAUGCAGGACAGAGUCUGUACCACUCCAUGUGGGAGAUACCCAAUCAUAGUGCGUGGCCUGAAGCUCCAGAGGGAGAAAACCUGGACGCGCUGAAGGAUCUGCUCAACCCGCAAAGCAAGCUCUGAUCCAUUUUUGCCCCAAUGCAUCAAAGCAAGCUCUGAUUCAUAUUUGCCCCAAUGCAUCAGAUCACUAAAACACAAAUAACGUGGAGGUUGACUGAUACGUGACCCUGUCCUAAUCUAUGACUUUUCAGAAUAAUUAUCUGUAACUAUAAUAAUGUGA